CCCCCUGCUUUGCUGCUUGCUGUGGUGCUGAUAGCACUGCUCGGUCUCCUUGUUCUGGGCUUCAGGGAAGAUGGCAAAAUUCGAAAGCUUGAUCUGUGGAGGGACGAGUACUUCUUGACAGAAGUGCCACCGGUGUCCAGAUGUAAUUGUGCUUCCAUCUCGGCCUCUGUGUCGACUUGCGUUCCGAGAUGCGUGAAAGAACCCAAGAGGUUCCAAGACUAUGUGCCUGCUUUCACGGCCGAGAAGUCUCUGGAGUCCUUUGCGCAAUUCAAUGACUGGGUGAAACAUUUGGAUAAGACCUUGGAACCCAAUCUGCCGGUGAAGAUGCAGGAGCUGGUUCUUUGCCAGAACACCUUGAGGGAAGUGGCCUUUGAGCAGAAGCUGCACCCAGCUUUCAUGAUGGGCCACAUUUGGGGCCCUCAGGGUUGGGUGCAGGGCAGCUUGGCCGUGCAGAAAUCCCCGAAGCUCAAGUCCUUACACAUGGAACUACAAGAGACUCUCCCCAAGGCGUUUCGGAGCAUUCACAGCUCCCGCUGGCGGCGGCUUCUGUCCACCACACUGUCGUCCCACCCUGUGGGCGAGCUGUGGCAGUGGAACUUGCAUAUCACCUCGGCCAAGCGGGCGAAGAUUAUUGCCGAUUGCAUUCUAGGCUCGCUCGCCUUCGUGGCGCUGUUCUUUUCCGUGGAUGGCUCGGCAGUGGCCGCGCGCAAGGCUUCGGACUGUCCGGUGCAGCAAGGUACUUUUCUGUGGUAUGCCUUCGUGGCCAUAGCUUCCAUUUGCUUGAACUUGAUCCCUCGAAGUUUGAUCACAUAUUUUGCAUACCGCGGCUUCGUGCAACACCGUCCGUCGCUGCGGAACUGGCAGCUGCGCGUGCGGCGCUGCAAAGACGUUGGAUUCUGGGUAUUGGGAGUGGCGAUCUCCAGUCUCCAAUUGCUGCUCAUCAUGGCAUUUCUGGCCAAUCUCCGCGAAGCGGACGAAUGGAAAUGGAUGAUUUCAUUUUUGGUGGUCCUAGCGCGCAAGAUGCUCAUCGUCCCAUUGCUUGCGUGCAUGUUUUCAAGCAUUGGGACAGAGCUGGCAGCUUUGACUCAGCCCUCCUUCGCAUCAAAGCCUCCGAAGCAGUUUGGUCUUGAUAUGGAUCUGGCAUCUCAUGAGGCUACGAUGCCACAGUCGACCUCAGCUUCAGCCGUUUGGAUGAAGAAGGUGGAGGAGUUGGCGAAUCGAGGCAUCACCAUUCGUCAGCUGGUGGGUUUUUAUGCUGAUCUCAUUGAGGGGACUUUGAUGCCUCACUUUGACCCGGACCGCUCGACCACUCAUGAUGUGGUACGCCAAGCGAUCAUUCCUUCUUCCUUGAAGCUCAGGACAUCCCGAUCCUUCAUGGUCGUCAUCCACAAUGCGGCCAAGCUUGCUGCAAGGGACAUCUUUAGCUCUGAUCCCUAUUGCGUGGUGAAUGUGUCGAGGAGCAGCGAAUCCAAGCGGAAGUGGCAGCCCUGGAAGGGCAUGGGGCGAACCAGGACGAUAAAGGGAAAUUGCAAUCCCAGCUGGAAUGAGGCAUUCUUGAUGCAAUAUGUCUUGGAAGAGGAUGCCAUUCACUUCAGCGUGUGGGACGAAGAUGCACUGAGCAAGGAUGAUGCCCUGGGGGAAGUGCUGCUGCCGAGUCCGGCCUUUUGGUGUGGCUUUGAAGGAGACCUGAGGCUACAAGGAGUCAAUGAUGCUUCGUUGCGAGUCUCCAUAAGACCGUAUGACUGUAAUGCUGAUGGGGUGGCUGCCCUGGACAACUUUCGGGAGAAGGUGUCGGAGCGCAAGCCGUCGAAAAGGGUGUUACACAUAAGAGAUGCGGAGGCCUCAGAGGCCCUUCCCAGCAACGGGGCAGACUCACUAGAUUUGUCGGAGAAGCUGGUGGUGAUUCCCUCUCCCAGACUCUGGCCUUUGGAAGCCUCUCGAGGGGCCUUUGAGGAGAAAGCGCCCACCGUCUCAGGCCUUUCGUAUGCUUCUUGCGUGAACAUGGGUCGUCCUUGUCCAGCAGAGAAGAUGGUGACGCACAGCUGGGGCAACAAGUUCAGCUAUUUGAUUGGUGCCAUUCUCGGUGAUGCUUUGCAAGCUGAACGCUAUGAUGGCGUAGUGGAGCUACUGAAAAAGCACCAAUUUCAGGAGUUGUGUGAGGCGCUGACGCGCAACGAGAGCUUGGAUACUCCUUACUGGGUGUGCGCCUUUUCAGUGAACCAGCAUCGCGGCAUCUGUGCGACUCCACCGGUCGUCGACUCCAUGGGCUAUCGCAUCGUGCCGUGCGACUGCGCCACGGAGAAGCAUUUCAACGGAGACCUGAGUGAAAUGAACAAGUUUGAUGACAUGAUGGCAUAUCUAAAACGUCACUUGCGCCGCAUGAGCACCACUGUACGCCUGGAGCAGGUGGUGGCCAUGGAGCCCGACUUUGCGUUGCUCAAGCGCGUGUGGUGCAUCGCAGAGCUGGUGGAGGCCAAUGAGUUGCAUCUGAACCAGGCCACUCGCAUCUCGCUCGCGGUGCGCCGUUGCGCGGUGCGCCGAACGUGCUACGCGCUGCGUCUGAGCUCGGACCCGAACUCCGCCGCUGUCAGACCAUCAUGAUCCACUCGGCAGCCUCUCGGAAUGAGUGCUUGCAUCGGUUGUUCUCCUUGGAUGUUCGAAUGGCGGAAGCCAGUUACCCAGCGGACAAGGACCUCAUUCUGGCCAAGAUUGUGGACGUGGAUCGUUUCAACAAUCAGCUCCAGGAUUUGGUCCUCCAUCGAUUGGACACUUUCCUUGAGGGCGGCCAUUCAAGAGUGGCCGCCAGGAUUUUGGAUGAGGUAGUGCUGGCUGUGGCUACGGUGGCCUUUUGAUCCGGCCUGUGCCUGGCACUUCCGUUUUCCAUGUGAUCUCAACAUGUCUUAUUCAAGGUGAGAUCGCUACUUGAAUUCAGGAGGCCCCCAUUGCGCCCAUUUCCCAUAGCUCUUUAAAAGACGCUAUAGGCCACAAGCACAGGCAAGUCUGUUUGCAAAAGGCAGCUCCGACAUUCAGCAUUGCUGGGGAGGUCCGAGUGUGCCAAGGUCAUUUUUGCCGAAUUGUUCAUGAGUCUGCCAUCAUUCUUGAUGGCCAUGGCUGAACAGGUUCAACUGAAUGACGUUCCUUGCAACAACAUCAAGC